AUUUUUGCAGCUUUCAUCCCCAAGUCACAGGGCCCCAGAGACCCCCACCACUUUACGAAUUUCAUUCGCCAAGUGAGCACGCGGCUUCGUCUGAUUCUGCAAAAGAAGUUUUUAUUCUGUGACUUUUGUGAGAAGUUAUCAACUGAAGCAAAAUGGGCAAGGAUUUCGAUGCUGUUGGAUUCGUCAAGGAUUUCGCUGCCGGAGGCAUCUCCGCAGCCGUCUCCAAGACUGCCGUCGCCCCCAUUGAGCGUGUGAAACUGCUCCUGCAGGUUCAGCACAUCUCGAAACAAAUCAGCCCCGACAAGCAGUACAAGGGCAUGGUUGAUUGCUUUAUCCGCAUUCCAAAGGAGCAGGGAUUCUCGUCCUUCUGGCGCGGCAACUUGGCCAACGUCAUCAGAUACUUCCCAACCCAGGCUCUGAACUUUGCCUUCAAGGACAAGUACAAGCAGGUCUUCCUGGGUGGUGUGGACAAGAACACCCAGUUCUGGCGCUACUUCGCCGGCAACUUGGCCUCCGGUGGUGCCGCUGGUGCUACCUCUCUGUGCUUUGUCUACCCCUUGGACUUUGCCCGUACUCGCUUGGCUGCUGAUACUGGCAAGGGUGGUCAGCGUGAAUUCACCGGUCUGGGCAACUGCUUGACCAAGAUCUUCAAGAGCGACGGCAUCGUUGGAUUGUACCGUGGUUUCGGAGUGUCCGUGCAGGGCAUCAUCAUCUACCGUGCCGCCUACUUCGGCUUCUACGAUACCGCUCGCGGUAUGCUGCCCGACCCCAAGAACACACCCAUCUACAUCAGCUGGGCCAUCGCCCAGGUUGUGACAACCGUUGCUGGCAUCGUGUCCUAUCCCUUCGAUACCGUGCGUCGUCGCAUGAUGAUGCAGUCUGGUCGCAAGGCCACCGAGGUCAUCUACAAGAACACACUGCACUGCUGGGGCACCAUCGCCAAGCAGGAGGGCACCGGUGCCUUCUUCAAGGGCGCCUUCUCCAACAUUCUCAGAGGCACUGGUGGCGCUUUCGUGCUUGUGUUGUACGAUGAGAUCAAGAAGGUCUUGUAAAUUAAAUUAUUAAAUUAUUCAAACAAGCAAAAUACAACAACAUACAACAACAACAAAAAACUAAACACUACCAGCUAAUUAUGUUAGAUAACUGAAUGAGAAAAGCUAAAACAACAGCAAUAGCAAUAGCAACAGCAACAGCAAAAGCUAAGUUUGAUCUGCAACCAACACCUCUUACCAAGAACAACGGCAAGCAAUAACAGCAAGCAAGAAACCUUCCUCCCUCCCCCUGAUAUAAUUAUAAAAUUAUAUUAUUUAUAAAAACUGGGAACUAAUUUACGGAACGAUGGCCAGCGUCAAUAGAACAACAACAAUACAGCAAACAGCAAUGCUCGGGGCAGAGAAGGGAUGCGACUCAACUCAUGAGACUAGACCCACUACUACACUGAAAGACGAACGAACAUAGCGACGACGAUAUCGAUUAGUAUUGUUAAGUUUGGGUUAGGCUAUUCACAAUAUCCCGCCAUGCUGCUGGGUCGCCCCACAUCUCCCCAGCCAAAUCAGUGUUAUCGAUCAGAUGCAAAGAAUCGAGCCGAAGACCUGUAGAUUCUUUUGCCUCCGAAACGACAAACAAACAAACAAACUCAACUCCGGUUGGUUUAAAAAUAUAUAAAAAUUGAUAAAAAUAGUA